UCUCCCCUGACCGACGCCAGAACGGGGCCGCCUGUGUGGAUGGCAGCCAACAGGGGGCACCACGGAGCUACACUUGCCACUGCCUCCAUGGCUACACAGGCAUGGCCUGCAAGGCGGACGCUGACGAGUGUUCAUCGCCCUGCCAGAACGGUGCUGCUUGCGUUGACCAACCAGACGUAGAUGGAUUUCGCUGCGUCUGCGAGCCUGGCUUUGCUGCUCCGCAGUGUGAAUGCACCACGGGCGACUGCGGCGGCCACACGUAUGAGAACAGCUGGGUUUGCCAGGACCCCCACUCAGUAAGCAUGCGUGGGAGCUGCCUGCACGUGAACAGGAGACCCAUGCCAUCCCCGAGUGACGGGGACGUCUACUGCUACACACUCCUCCGUUUCCUCUCCUUUCCUCUCUCUUCACUCAGUCUCUUCUCCUCUCUGUCUCUGCUCACUCCUCACUUUCCCUGCAGCCGCAGCCUGGGCUGGACCGGGCCAGACUGUUCAGUGCACCUGCCAGAGUGUGACUUGGUGCAGUGCCAGAAUGGCGGAGCGUGUGUGGAGUCGACCACGCCAGGCGGCUUCUCCUGCGUCUGCCCCCCACAGUACGCCGGCACCCUCUGCCAGCUGCCUGACAACCCCUGUGACCCCCAGCAGCCCCCCUGCCGGUAUAACUCCACCUGCACUGGGAGUGGCGGCGGGGAGACAGCGUGCCGGUGCCAGCCAGGGCUGCGGUGUGAGAUGAUGCACAGGUGUGUCUCCCAGCCCUGCUGGAACAGCACCGGGGGCGAGACUGGCCCCUACAGCUACCGCUGUGUGUGCCCUGAGGGUCUUCCGGGGGCGACCUGUAGGACUGACACUGCCGGAUGCAUCAAUGGGAGCUGCAUAAACACAGAAUCCGAGUGCAGAUGUUGCUGUGAGGCGGGAUGGACCAAGGACAGCUGUGACACGGACAUCAACGAAUGCAGUUCCAAUCCCUGCCUCAACAGCACCUCCUGCAUGGACUGGAUCGCCAGGUAUGCUUGUAUUUGCUGGGAAGGAUACACUGGGAUGAGCUGCGAGGUGGAUGUGGAUGUGUGUCGAGAAUCUCUGAUUUUCCUGCUCUGCCGCAACGGGGGCUUGUGUUUGGAUGGACCUGGAUCCAGCUUCACCUGCAGCUGUCCUGCGGGCUUCACCGGCACCACCUGUGAGGUGGAGGUGAACGAGUGCGACUCGGAUCCCUGUUUCAACGGCGCUGUGUGUCAGGACCCUGUGAGCGGUUACCACUGCCGCUGUCUCCCAGGUUGGACGGACCUUCGCUGCGACACUGACAUGAAUGAAUGUUUGCUGGAGGCCUGUGAGCAGGGACUCCGCAUCCAGAACCUUCCAGGACAUGGCUGCACCUGUUUCUGCCGGCCUGGGUUUGUGGGGAGGCACUGUAAAUAUAAUAACCAUGACUGCCUGCUGCACACAUGCCCACCUGACCACCGCUGCAUGGAUGGCAUCAAUAACGUGACCUGCAUCCCCAUCGUGGCUUGUGACCAGACGGUGACCUUGGCCCCGCUGGCUUUCUGGAGCUCCAUACAGACGGACCUGCCAUCCGUGGCCGGCGACACAGAGACCCUGAGAGAAGCCACCCACACCUCAGCGUUGCCGAUGUCGGGGGUCCUGUGUGAGGCAUACGAGGGUGACCCCAUGCUGACUCAGUGA